UGCUCGGUCUCGUUCGUUGGGUCUAAUAUUGACUUCAUGUUGCCUGAAUGACAGCGUGGUUUUAAGUCAGUUAGUUUGUGUAGUUUUUACAGCAGCAGAGUAAAGUGUAGAUGAGCUGGUUUACCGGAAGGUGACCCGAGAUGUUUAUGAGAUCGUCGUGUCAGCGGGGAUGUGUCGGACUUCUCCGCUGCUGGUCCCUGACACUCAGUCCCAGGACCCCCACUGUCCCCCGGUGUCCUCCCCAUACUCCACGGUCCCUCUUCUCCAUCUCCGCCACCGACAAGUCUCCAACUCGUGAGGAGGAGAAUCGACCUCUGAAGCAGUGGGCUCUGGCCGUCAGUCCCUUCAGCACCGUCCGGGCCCAUUUAGGCUGCAACAUCUCCAUCCAGCCUCUGGACCCUCACACUUAUCCCGAGGCUGACCGAGCCUUCGUGACUGUCCGCCGGCCAGACACGGAGCAGGAGGUCGAUCUGGACCACCUGCACGUCCACUAUGAUGCAGAGAGCAACGAGCUGCUGAUCUCCGCCGAGAAGCUCGACAGCGACGUGUCGAUUGAGAUGACAGCACCGAUCAAAAGUAAUCUCUUCAUUACAACUCAAGGAAAAGGCAGCGUGCAAGUGAGGAAAAUGGAGUGUGAUAUCUGCAAGGUGCAAACUGAAAUGGGCAACUGCUUACUGCACUCUGUCAAGGGUCAUCAGGUUGUGGUGCAGAGCCGUGGAGGACAUGUUACAGGUGUGGGCACGAUCCAUGGCAACGUGGACAUCAGCACACGCGGAGACAGUGCAGUGGAUGUCAAGAAGCUCCAGGGCACCGAGAUGAACGUGUCGACAGAGCGCGGCCCUCUGAAGGUCAAAGCCAUCUACGCCGAGUCCAGCUGUGUCUCCUCCUGCUCAGGGAGAGUAGAACUGGGACAUGUGCACGGCAAAACUACUGUGAAGAAUGUGUCUGGAGAUACAGUCAUAGACGGUUCAAAUAGUUUUCUGAAGGUUUCAUCUCACAGCGGAGGCAUUGAUGUCUAUGUAGGAGACGGCGGCAGCGCUGACCUCCACAGUCAGGAAGGACCAGUGAGCGUGCGUGUCCCGUCCUCGUUAAGAGCCGGGGUGGAGCUGCGUGGCGCGUCGCUGGAUAUCGGCCCAGAGGUUGUUCUGCAUAAAGUAGAAAACAACACCACUCAAGGCCACAGCACACUUACUGGUUACAUGAACGGAGAGUCUCCGGUCGAGCAGUGGCUUAAAGCUCAGGCAGACAGAGGCUCUGUCAGACUCAGGACACAAAGCUGGUUUGAGUCCCUGAGACUAGGGAGCUGAGCGGCAGGACGAGUCUCAGUGUUGUAUCACUGUGCUGGGACUUGGGAUUUUCAAGACUGAUGUAACUUUACUUGAUUAUUUAAAUAUGCGCUCAGGAUUUGCCGAAUCUGAUAAGAUAAGAAAAUUACUCGUUUUUUCAUAUGCUCUGUGUCUGUUAGAAAUAACUGUGAGUCUGGGAAACAUACUGCACACAAAUCCUGAUUAACUGUUUGUUUUGGAUGUUGAGCAGAGACUUGUUUUGCUCAUAUUUUGUUGGAUGCAUACUUUGUGUGUCUGGGAGUCUUAACCCGCACUGACUAGCGUUUUCAAAGUUUGAGACUUUGGUCUUUUUCCCAGACAAAGAUAAAAAUAAAGGAACAUGCUUGCUGCC